GCUUGCUCUUUCCCAUCAAACCGCCUUGACACUCCUGAUCACUCCUUGCUGCCGAAGCACAGACAGAAGAAGCCAUGAGGAGCACACUGCUGAGGAUGCUGGCCGCCCUGGUGUGCGUGCUGGCUGCAUGUGCAGAUGUCAUGCCCGUAAAAGACUUCAACCUGGAGAAGGUGGCGGGCAAGUGGUACAUGGUUGGCUUUGCUACAAAUGCUCAGUGGUUUGUGAACCACAAAGCAACCAUGAAGAUGGGGACUGCUUUCUUAACUCCUACUGAUGUAGAAGAUCUGGACCUCUCUUACUCCAACCUGAAUACUGAUGGCUCCUGCUGGAGAAUGACUCACCUGGCUAAGAAAACAGACACUCCUGGACGUUUCACCUUCCACAGCCAAACUUGGAACAAUGACAACGACAUGCGCAUUGUUGACGUCGUUUACGAUGAGUACGCCCUGGUCCACACCAUCAAGACAAAGAAUGGGGUGUCCGAGGUCCUCAACAAGCUUUACAGUCGCACUCCCGACACCAGCGCUGUCCUGCAGGAGAAAUUCUCGCAGUUCUCUUUGGAGACUGGUGUCCUCGCUGAGAACAUUGUUAUGCUGCCCAAGAAUGGUGAGUGUCCCGACGCCUGAGGAGCCCAAAUCUUCCAUCUCAGCAGCAUCCCCCCCC